UUUAUUGGACAUAACAAUGCGCUCGGCUUUCUGGCCCGCUUCAGUUGUGUUGUUUAGUUAAUUGCUAAACUUUUUGGAAUAAGUUAAUUGUUAUAGAAAUAUAAGUGGUAUUAUUAGUUGAAGUUUGGACACGAUGAUUCUAUAUGUGGUAGCAACAGCUAUUGCACAGAAAUCGGAAUGGCCAUGGAAAGAAGACAGCUUGAAUGCGCGGGCGCACGCUGCCAGUGGAACAUUUCACGUUCGCGCGUCAACGAGCACGACGUAUCACGAUCGCAGAAAAUAUACUUACGCCUAUAAUCAGAACUCACCUUGUUUUAGGUCAUCCGCAUAGAGCAGAAUGACGACUGCGAGUAUUUUGAUGACCGUUACAACCACUUGGAAUGUUACCAACGAAAAACACGAAAAAGAUGGUGGCCGCCUGGGGCACACUCUGAGGAUAGUGGUGGCUGACGCCGUGAAGGAACUGAGAGAGACCUCGACGAUCAAGGAUCAGACGCUUCACAUAAUGCGGGAUUGGAUACAGCAAAACAAUGACAUUGUAAACGUGCGCCAAGAUGAAGCAUUCUUGCUAAGGUUUCUGCGACACAAAAAAUACAGCGUACCUAUGGCACAGCAGACACUGUUGAAAUAUUUGAGUCUCCGAAAAUAUUAUCCUGAAAUAUUUACGAAUCUGGAUUGCGAGGAUCCUAAAAUUCAGGAAAUUAUAGACAAUGGAUACAUAGCGGUUUCACCUGUUCGUGACAGCAAGGGUCGCCGGGUCAUCGUAUAUAAUAUGAGUAAAUUCAAUGCAAACAAGUUUGGAUGCUGGGAUAUGUGUCGCGCUCACAUGGUUGUCUACGAGAGCCUGAUGGAUGACCCUAUAGAUCAGAUAUGCGGAUUCACUCACGUAGGAGACGGGGGCGGAGUGACCGGCGCCCACAUCACCGCCUGGAAACCCACAGACUUCGCGAGGAUAAUGAAGUGGGGAGAGCAAUCGCUCCCAAUGCGCCACAAGGAGUUCCAACUUAUAAACAUACCGGCCGCCAUCAAAUACAUCAUCGACUUCGCAAUCAGUAAGGUGACACCAAAGAUGGCUGAGAGACUUCAUAUCUACACGAACUUGAAACAGCUUCACAAACAAACAGACGCUGAGUGUCUUCCAACUAUAUACGGAGGGCCGAUAGAGUUACAAAACAUGAUAAUUUACACUAAACAGUUACUAGGAGAGCAGAGAAAGAAAGUGCUCGCCUUAGACGAAAUGCUUAUUACAAACACCAGGGGUAUUAUAUCAUCCAGGGCUAAGAACGUUAAAAGCGACACAACCUCCGUCGAAGGAAGUUUUAGAAAGUUAGAAAUAGACUAAAAACCGCCCUUUAUAGAUAGUUAUUUUUCGAAGAGUAAGUUUGAACCUGCCCACAUAAAUGAACAUACUUGUAUACUUUGUUAAAUAAUGUAAUUUAUUUAAUUCUUCAUUCAAUGUAUAAAUAUUUUGCACAAUAUGCGACAAAUAGCAUGUGUGGUAUAUUUUUGCAAUCAAGUUAUUAUUUACUAUGUAAUAAAAGUUAUUGACAACAGGGUAUAAAGUAAUUUAGGGCUAAACUAGUGAUGUCACAUACAACUGCGCAGCGAUUUCUGUUCUUGGCUUAUGUCACUUUUGGGAUGCCAAUCCAGUGGGGGGCAAGUCACCGUCUGGAAUUAAUACGAAGGAUUAAGACAUUUUAAUAGUCCAGCAACUCGUCCAGCUAGAUCUAGACCCUAUUCAUAGACCCAGUAUUAUUCCCAUCUUUUCUGCAAUAGGCACUGUACCUUGUAAGCGCUGUCUUUGGCUGUAUUUCCUCUAUAAGUACAGACAGAGAGAGUACUUGCAAGGUGUAUAAACCCCAACUAGAGUAAUGUAUCUUCAAUGGGUCUCUACGUGUUGGAUCCAUGUCACCACGCAAGCCUUCUAGACGGACUAGCAUUUACGCCGUGAUUUUCCACAGGAAAGAUUCAACAUGUAAAAUGAAUGAUUUUAUUAAUUAUAUUUUAAGUUCGUCGGCUCCGUUGUACAUGAGCUGAAGAGAAGAAAAUGUUAUUGUGACGAAAUGUUUCGAUUCUCAAUAUUACCUGUGUAAUAGUUUUGUGAUUGAAUAUCAUAUUUUUUUAUAAUAUUUGUAUGUUGACUAUUUGUAUUAGUGAAUAGUCGUGUCACCAGAAUAAUUAAUCACAAAAGUGUCUCCAAUCCGAACAGAACUAUAUUUGGUGAAAAAAAAAUAUAUCGUCAUUCUAAAAAAAAUAUAUAUAUUUUAUAACUGCAUAUCGCUAAUAUUUUUAUUCAAAAUACUCAGUGAUUACCCAAUUCCUUGAUUGUAUAGUUUCGCAUCACAUUGACUCUUCUUUUAUCAAAUAAAAAGUCAAGUUAUGCUUCACUCUUGACUAGAUUAUUUCGAUAAUAUAUUAGAAAUAGAAAGGUAAAGUAGGGUGGAUAGAAUCGAACAGAAAAAAGAAACAAAAC